AUGGCUGCCAACUUGUCUCUCGUGCUGGCCCUGAUAGGGUGUGCACUCGCCUUGUACGCGAUUUCACGUAUUGGCCGCCGACCAAAGGACUAUCCACCAGGUCCUCCUACUUUCCCUGUGCUUGGAAAUCUUCUUCAGUUCGAAAAAUGGUCCAAGAUCUACGGACCCAUCUACAGCCUCAUUAUCGGGUCCGGGAAGGUCAUGAUCAUUCUUUCCAGUAACAGAGAGGUCAAGGAACUCCUGGACAAGCGUGCGCAGGCGACCAACGACCGGAGCGACCGCUACAUUGGCCACCAAAUCCUGAGUAACGGGGAGCGAAUUCUGCUACAGGUAUCGUUCUACUCCGGCUUCUGA